GCGCACAUACGUCUCUUAGUAACGCUCGCGCAUGCGCAUUGAGAAAGCCAAAGUGAAUUGUGCAAACGGAGCGAAGUUUUGCGAAUUUCACGCGAUAAGCCAAACAAGAAAUUAGCAAAUUUGUGCAAUUAUUUACACAUGUGCAUAAUAUUCGACUGCAACGUUUAACUAAAAACGACUUGCCAGAGUUGAGCAGAGCGCGCGCAUGCGUUGGCCGAAGUGUAGCAAGAUCAAGCGCGUAAGUUGAAGGCGAAAUUGUGGUUCAAUCGUUAUAAAAAAUUAAAUAUUGUGAAUAAAAGCGACGAAUAAAAUAAGAAGUGUUUGAAAAGUAAAUAAUAUAAGAAAACAAAUUUAGUUAAUUUUUAAACUAAAAUAAAUAAAAAAGUGAUAUUUUAGUUAAAAUAAAAAAAAAAACAAAUAUUUUUGAAGAAAAUAUUGCGUUGAAAAGAGACUAGCAAGUGUUCUACAGAGUAUUUACGCUGCAUUUGCCAUCACUAUCAGGCAAAGGAGAAAUUGAUCAAUAAAGAAAUGCUGAAAAUCUGCAAAAUAAAUGCCUGUCCGAAUGGCACACUGGGCCUACACCUAAGUCGAGCACCCUGGGAUCCCUAUCCGUGGGUGAGUGGCAUACAGGAGGGCUCCAGCGCGGAAGACGCCGGCAUGCGCGUCGGUGAUACAGUGCUGGAGUUCAAUGGCAACGAUGUGUUGGGACAGAAAAUUUUUGAAAUUGCAAGUAGAAUACGGGAACAUUGGCAGAGUGGUGCAACCGAUGUAAGCGUGGUGAUUUGGCGCAAUCAAGCGGAGGAAGUCAGCAGCUGCAGUGAGGACAAUGAUGAAGAUUAUGAAGAAGCGAGCGUAACGAACAGUAGCGAUAGUGAAACGAUGGCGUCACAGGUGGAGGGGCAACGAAAGCGUGUGCAGCGGGCGCAUCAGCAGCAUUCCAGCAUUAAUCAGCAGUCACUGCAGAAGUUCGCCACAUGCCUGCAACACAUUGCCCAAUUAUUGGAGUGUCCUGUUUGCCUUGAGGUGAUUCGGCCACCUGGUUGGCAGUGCUGUAACGGACAUGUGUUGUGCAACAACUGCCGCAGUCGUUCGGUCAAAUGUCCGGUGUGUCGUGUGCCGUUAGGGCCCAGAGGACGCUGCCUGCUCGCGGAUAAAUUAUUCACCGUGUUGGCUGAGAGUUUUCCCUGUGAUGGCGUUCGGAGCAGUCGAAAUUCCCCAAAGGAGAAGCGCAAAUGUUCACCUGAAUCCAAGGGGCGUCCCAAGGCGACUACAACAGCAAGAAUUCAGCAACAUGAAAGUGAUCAGCAACACCCACAUCACCAACACCAACAACAACAGCAACAAAUCAAAGCCAAAGAAAUGCAACAGCAAGAUAAGAAGAAGGUCAAAACUGCUGUUGGUAGCCAAAAGAAUGCGUCGAAUGGAAAAGUUGCAGCCAAGGAAUGCACAGCAACACCAAAUGCUCACGCCGAGGCAGCACAACAAGUGAACAGCACGACUGACAAUUGCAAGGGCAACAACAAAAAGCUAGCGGAGGCUGCAGGAGCUGAGAACGGCAGUUCAACGCAACGCUGUCACUGGCAAUGGCGGCGGAGUCGGGCGCGAGUUGGCAAAGAACAGCAGCAACAACAGCAACAGCAGGCGAGUGAAGCAUCAGAGCAAGUUUAUAAAAGUUACGCAGAUGAGCAAUUGUCCAUCACAGCGUCCAGGGCGGCGACAGCAUUGAGGAGGGUCCCACCAACAACAACGACGACGAUGACGACAAAUGUCAGUUGUUGAAGAGUACAGUCCUAUAACUUAAGAGAACUAGCGCGGUAUUAAGGAGGUUGGAGGGGUGUUUGCGAUGCUUUUUGUGUAACUGUGGGCUGGACCACGCGCGUGGUUGGGUGAGGGGCUUGAAAAGUAUUGCUGGGCGGUUGCAUGUGCGUGGCGUUGUGACGGAAGGAAAUGCGCUGGUCAACAAUGUGCUCGUUAAACUCAAGUUGGAGUCAAGUAAGAAAUCAGCAGAUAACACAAAACAAGGUAGAAAAGUCACGAAAUGUUCAACAAAAACGAGCGCCAGGCUAAGAGUACGAAAGUAACAAUUUAAGUCGAAAACUAAAAGUAGAAGUAAAUAAAGUAAAAAAAGGGCAGAGCUGUUGCAGUUGCAAAGAUGAAGUUCCAAACAACAACAACAACGAGUUCUGCAACUAAAAUAAAACAACAUUUAUAAUGCCCAGAUUAGCAGUUGUUGGCAUUAGGCGAGCCGAGCUGAGCCGAGCCGCGUGUGGCACGCCGUUGUGUUUUGCCGCUGGCAGCUACUGCUGGGGAUUAGCAACAAUAUCAAAAUUAUCAUUGUCCAACUGGGAAAUCAUGUGGCAUUUGGAACGUGCAACAUUCAGCACAUUGAAGUGUGGUGAAAAAGCGACCAAAACAAUGAGUGGCGCUGUGCUGGCAAUACAGCAACAAUAGUUUUUGCAACAAAUUACGGCAAAUAACAGUGUGUAACGACGGCACUAUCAACAACAACAACAAGCUGAGACAACACAAUAUGUAGUAAGGCAACAAUCAAGUAGUUUACACAGAGAUGUGGCAACACACUUUGAGGUACAGUGUGGCAAAAAUUGCUUUGAGAAUGACUUAGGCAUUGACUUAUGUGUAUAGUUUAUUGAUAGCACGCCUUCAAUGAUACUUUUUACCAUAAUUCUGAAAUACAAAUAACUCAAAAUUUUUUUUUUAAUUUUUGCUUAUUAUCACUAAUAAAACUUGUUAUGUAACUAGUUAUGAACUAGUUGUUUAUGUACCAGUUUGUAUUUAGCCAUAUUUGGAUAAAUAACGAUGUAGUUAGAAACAAAAAUUAUAAAAAAUUUAUAUUAAGAAGUAAAAAAAAUACUUUGAUAUUAUUUGAAAACAAGUUUUUAGACUCAAAUAUCCUGAAACCCCCUAAUAUUGUAAGCUUUCAUUCCCAAAAACAAUUUAUGAGACUUAAGUGGCACUUUCGUCCCACUGUAGCUCAUGAUAAUUUUCAAAAACAUAAUAAAUUCUCAUCGAGCGUCCAAGUGCAUUGCAGUCAUUAGGUGCUUCGUCUAGUUGUAGGCUAGUCUUCUUCGCCAAAGCAGCUAAUGGUAAGAUAGAGAGUAAGACUCGCAAUUCCGUGUAACAACAAACAAUUCAUCAGCACAAAUGAAGGCUUUGCAAGAUUGGCGCACAGUUGUGGAGAGCUGCAAAGUGGCCGUUAUUUCAACGUUAAAUAUUGUUAUGAAAGAAGUAAAGUUUCAGUCUUUUGUAGGUAAAUUGUAGGGAAAUCACGUUUUACAUCAUCUGCCACUUUACGUAUCCGAAAAUUACGAAACCUCAAGUAUACCACUUCCAAUUGAUAUUUUUAGUGUAUCAAGACAGUGCCUUUCUUUCACGCUCUCUCUCUUUAUCUGUCUAUUUCUCUCUAUAUAUAUGUAUAUAUAUAUCUCUCUGGCUUACUCACCUUCUAGGCGGUAGCUAGUGAUUUCAUCAGUCUAUGGAGAAGUCAGCAAUGAAGAAGUAUGUAUAUUGAGUACUUUUUUUGAAAAUUCAUUUCGAGAUCAAAGGACUCUUAGGGAUGACAGGCAUAAAUUUUGGCAUAACAAUCCAUAUGUGAAUUAGAUCAGCAAACUUUAAUUGGAAUAUAUACGUAUACAUGCUCUCUUCUCGUCAUAUUACUCUCUCUCUCUAGUUUCUUUUACUUUCCUCUUCAACCAUAGCUAGUGAUUUCCCCAGUCAAUGACGAAAUCUCUAAUGAAAUUUUAGAAAUUUUAUUUCGAGAUCAAUGGACUCUUAGAAAUGGUAAGCGUAAAGUCUUAAGUUCUUAAAUUUUAGCAUUAUAAUUUUUAUUGGAAAUGGAUCGGCAAUAUUAUUUAUUGUUUCUAGGAUGGUUGUCCUCUAUUUCCUUUUAAUAGAUUUUUUUUUUACUUUCUGUUUGCAUUACAAAACUUCUGCUCUUUAUUCGCGUUUCUUCGCAGGAUCUUAUUAUUAUCUAUGAAUAAAAUCCAGUUUUGAACCUUUCUGGGAAAAGUUACAGUGUAAGGCUGACUCAGUAGUGGAAGCUAUCGAAUCCAACACAGAGUAAUCAUAGUCCACAAAUGUGUGCUAAUAUACGUACAUACAACUCAUUUUUAAAAAAUUGGUUCUACUUGAGACAGUUUCUAGACUCUAUUGUAUAUACAAGUACUGAUAUACAAAUAUGACAUUGUAAUCUGCUGAUAAACUAAUGACUACUUUUAAAGGGUUUCCGGUAUUGGAUUACCAUUUUGCGAAUAUAUUGUAAUUUCGCGCUAGAUAAUUUAAUAAAUUUUAUUUAAAAUCAUUAUAGUAUGCACAUCUUAGGCUUAGAUAAAUGUAGUCGAUAAUAUAGCCUUUACUUGUCAUAUAAUUUUGUCAAUGUUUAUGUAAUAUUAUUACUGUUAUCGUUUUCACUUUAAAAUAUAUAUUUAUUUAAACUUGUUAAUUAGAAAUACAACACACAGUUAAA